UUGGAUUGACUUAUGCAACUGGUCAGUUCAAAGCAACUGAUCAUCGUUACAAAAUGGGCUUCAUGGCCCAAACAAGAGUUUUGAGGAUGGACCCAUUGUCUGAUUCUUAUUACCUGUCAUUGACUCCUUUCAAUGAUGUUUUAACUGGUGGUCUCAACCAGAACUACUUGAUUGAUGUUGUCGGUCAAAUCGUUAAUGUUGGUGAAAUGGAGACUAUCGACGUGCAAAAUAAACCUACUAAGAAGAUUGAUUUUGAACUGAGGGAUCAUACGGAUGAAAGGCUACCCUGUACUCUAUGGGGUUCAUUUGCAGAACAAGUUUUCACUGCCUGUGAAGCUUCUGCUGGUGAGAUGGUCAUAUGUUUGGUGAGAUAUGCUAAGAUCAAGACUUACAAAGGUAUUUUGUUUUGGUAUUAAUAUCAUACUUAUAGUUUUUUAAAAUCUUUUAAAAAUUGAGCUAAUGACACUUUCUUUAUG